AUGUCAGAUAAGUUAAAUCCUAAUUUUUCAAGAACCAAGGGUAAAAAGCCAUGUAUGCUUGAUAAAGAAUUGAAUUUGAAACUUGAUUUAAAGGAAUUUUCCAAUCCAUCAUCUUCUAGAGGAUUUACGUCUAAAAAAGGAGUAAACUAUAUAUCAUGCCAUACAGACAGAUGCUCUUCAAGCUCAAGAAAUCAAUAUGAUCCAAAAUGCCACUUAGGCUCUUUAACAAAAACUUCUUGAAGGUCUAAAGGACCAAUCAUAAAGGCACAAGAAGAUUUUGACAAUUUUUAUAACAGUAUAACCCCUUCUUUACGUUGAAAGCUAAACAAACAAGAAACCCCAGAAAUUUUGAAUUUUGGCCAUAAACCGUCGAUACUAAAUCCAAAUUUUAUCCCUUCCGAACCCAGCGCAUCUUCUAAACUAAAAGAAUUAUUACCGUUUGGCACACUAAAGAAAAUCAAAAAUAUAAUAAAAAUAAACGAAAUCAAUGAAGAUGAAGAGUAAUUAUUAUUCAGUUAUAUCCAAGAAUUAAAAGAUUUUGCUUUUGAGGUGCUGUCCCAAACAACGAAAAAAGAUAUGAAAAAAGAUUAA